UAGGAGUCAUGUGACCGCCCUGGGUCGCAGGACUGCCCGGGACUGCGGUCUGGGCUUGAGGCGGCGGCGAUGGCGGCGCUCCUCCCGCUGCUGCUCCUUCUCGUCCCCAUCGCCCUGCCGCUACUGCCGGCGGCUGGCGCCGCUCCCGCUGCCCUGGUGGCGCGGCUCGGCCUGGAGGAGCGGCUCUUCCAGCAGGUGCGGGACCACUUCAGCUUCGAGACCUGCGGCAACGAGACCUUCCCGCAGCGGUACCUGCUCUCAGCAAAGUUCUGGAAGAAGGGAUCCGGACCCAUCUUCUUCUACACUGGCAACGAAGGCGACAUCUGGACUUUCGCUCAGAACUCUGACUUCAUAUUUGAAUUAGCAGAGGAGCAGCAAGCACUUGUGGUUUUUGCUGAGCACAGGUACUAUGGGAAGUCUCUUCCGUUUGGACUUGAGUCAACACAGCUGAAGAACACUCGUUUGCUCACCAUGGAACAAGCCCUGGCUGACUAUGCAGUGCUGAUCACUGAGCUUAAGCAGCAGUUAGGUGCUGCAGACUGCCCUGUCAUUGCUUUUGGAGGCAGUUAUGGAGGAAUGCUGAGCGCUUACAUGAGAAUGAAAUACCCAAACAUUGUGGCCGGAGCAUUAGCAGCCAGUGCUCCCCUGUUGUCUGUGGCUGGGCUUGGAGAUCCCACCCAGUUCUUCAGGGAUGUAACAGCUGAUUUUCAGAAGUCCAGCCCAGGCUGCGUCACAGCUGUCCGCAAAGCGUUCCAGCAGAUUAAGGAUCUAUGCCUGAGUGAAGCCUACGAUGAAAUCAGCAGCAAAAUGGCCACAUGCAAUAAGAUCUCUAGCAAGGAGGAUGUUUACCAGCUUUUUGGGUUUGCUAGAAAUGCCUUCACCAUGAUGGCCAUGAUGGACUACCCGUACAAAACCGAUUUCAUGGGACACCUCCCUGCCAAUCCCGUGAAGGUUGGCUGUGAACAAAUCCUUGCCCACACAGACGCAGUUGAAGGCCUGGCUGCUCUUGUUGGGGUGUUCUACAAUUCCUCCGGCUCGGCACAGUGUUACGACAUUUACCAGUUGUACCGGCCCUGCGCUGACCCCACCGGCUGCGGCCUCGGCUCUGACGCCGAGGCCUGGGACUACCAGGUUUGCACCGAGAUCAACUUAACUUUCAACAGCAACAACGUGACCGACAUGUUCCCUGAGAUGCCCUUCACGGAGGCAAUGCGGGAGCAGUACUGUCGGAGCAAAUGGCACGUGAGGCCACGAGCACACUGGCUGCGGACAAACUUCUGGGGAGGAGACCUGAAAAGUGCAAGCAACAUCAUUUUUUCAAAUGGAGACUUGGACCCGUGGGCUGGAGGUGGGAUAAACAGCAGCCUCAGUCCCUCACUAAUCGCAUUGAGCAUUAAAGGAGGCGCUCAUCACCUCGAUCUCCGAGGCCACAAUCCUGCAGACCCCCCGUCUGUCACAGAGGCUCGCAGGCUCGAAGCGAGCACCAUCAGCACCUGGGUGAAAUCUGCAGGGAUGGAAAGAGCACGGGAGAAGCGCCUGGGAGCUUCAGCGGGUGGGUGGCUGUGACCACGUCCAGCCCCACCGCCACCCCCAGCUGCUGGGCUCCCACCAGGAUCCAGAACUCAGCAGCCUGUCGCGCUCUACCUGCGCCGUUAGAGAAUGUGUUCUCUUCUCUGCCACGAUGGUGGAAAUCCCCUGUUCUGAAGCGUCCCACCCUCAUGAAGCAGCAACAGAAAAACGAACAGGCAAACCCCUGCCUGAAGCCAAACACACGCUUUGCAGGGCUCGUGCUCCCCUGCUUGGAAUGAGAAGGUGUUACAAACAGUGGGAACAGCUUGCCGAAGGGCCAAGAUCCAUCACUGUCCUCAGCGCUGUGGUUGCAGGAAGCACCUGAAGGCCGAAGCUAAAUUAUUCUUAGACAAGAAGUAAAUCUCAGCUGAGUGGUGGGAAAGCUGAGAUGGGGUAUGACUCACAGGGGCUCCCGGGGGACUCUGGUGCUGUGUCACUCUCACCCAGCACUGUGAGGUGGGGAUUUGGGUUGGGCUUGGCUUUAACUCAGACACAAGAUCUCCAGGUGAUAAGCUGGAGAUUUACGCAGAAUGGUCCUGGCGUGUGGUGUUGCCACUUGCAAGCUGCUUGGUUGUGAUGAGGAAAGUGCGCUUCACAUCUCUUUAAAAUAAAUGACAAGUUU